AUGCUAGUUCAAUUUGCAAGUUGUGAUAAACCAAAAGAUCAAGACAAGAAACUUAACAUGCGCUUGGCUAAAUUACCGUCAGAUGAUACAGUAUAUCUUCAAGACCAAAAACUAACCGAUUGUGAUAUUCCGAUCGUCGUACAAGAAGCAGUCAUCAAUAUAAAGUGCUCACGGCUCGUCCUUGAUUGGAACAAGAUUACGGAUAAAGGAGCUGAACAUUUUGGAAGAGUGCUUCAAUCAAAUACAUCAUUAUCAGUAUUAUUUAUGAAUAAUAAUCAAAUCUCAAAUAGAGGUACUAAUUAUAUCACUCAAGCACUAUAUACCAAUAGAACAUUGACUGAAUUACAUAUACGUGGAAAUCAAAUUACUGAUGAAGGAGCACUUUUUAUUGCUCAAGUGUUAUACAUUAAUUCAACACUGGAAGAACUUUAUCUUGCCGACAAUACCAUUGGAGACCGUGGUGCUCAAUAUCUAGCUUUAGCAUUAACUCAAAAUACAACACUAAAAGUUCUCGAUCUUCGAAUGGAACAAGUCAAUAUCGCUAAUAAUAUUAAGAUUUGUUGGCUUCGAAGUUUCUCUUAUCUCAAACAUAGAGUUAAAGUUAUUCGUAAAUAG